GUGAACUCUUAUUCUCAACUCAUGGCGACCAAAUACGCGCAGCCGUUCACUUUAGAGGAAGCCUUUGCACUGGAUGCUGAAACCAUCACGAAUGAGAUAGGAAGACUCGAGCUCUCGCUCGCGCGAUUGCGCGAAACCCAAGAUAUUCUACGGGAGUACAUCGACAGCACGACACCAAGUGACGAAUCGCAAGCAUUCACAGAAAACGAGGAGACCAUUGGUUCUCAGACCGAGCGGGUCGAGAUGCUCAAGUUGGCGUUAGUAAUGAAAGGGAUUUCUUUGGAUCACUACACAUCCAAGACGACAAAACCUCUGGUCCCACCACCACAACCUCAGUCUUCGGCCGAAGGCGAUGAUGGUAAUGGGGGAGUAGACCUGUAACAAAAAUACGGUGAUAUUGACUAAUGUACUGCACCCUGCUCAGAAUAGCAUAACUGUGACGACUUGUGAUGAUUCAGAAACUUCCAGCACGAUGCCAUCGUAGCCGUGCACUGCGAGAGUGUCAAGUCAGGGAAAUGAGAGCUGCAAAGAAAUAGGGCGCACAUCGAGUGGUUGCAUUCGGGAGU